AAUGGAGGACACUGGGCUCCGGCGGCCAGAGUGGGGGACGAGGUGAAGCGGAGCCGGGCUGGGCCGGCCGGGACCAGGCCCGAGGCCGAGCGGCGGCGACGCCGGUGGCCGGGAGGGGGGAGGAGAGGCGCCGCCCGAGGAGCCGCCGCAGCAGCUCCCCCGCCUCCCGGGCUGAGGGUAUUUUAGGAAAGGAAGAUGGAUCAACCUAGUGGAAGGAGUUUUAUGCAAGUAUUGUGUGAAAAAUAUAGUCCUGAAAACUUUCCUUACCGCCGUGGUCCUGGGAUGGGAGUCCAUGUCCCAGCCACACCUCAGGGCUCUCCUAUGAAAGAUCGCCUCAACCUCCCAAGUGUACUGGUGUUGAACAGCUGUGGAAUAACCUGUGCAGGAGAUGAAAAAGAAAUUGCUGCCUUCUGUGCUCAUGUGUCAGAACUAGAUCUUUCUGACAACAAACUUGAAGACUGGCAAGAGGUCAGUAAAAUUGUGUCAAAUGUUCCCCAGUUGGAGUUUCUAAACCUGAGUUCCAACCCUCUGAAUUUGUCGGUUUUAGAAAGAACAUGUGCUGGGUCCUUCUCUGGGGUUCGAAAGCUUGUCCUCAACAACAGCAAAGCUUCUUGGGAGACAGUCCACACGAUACUGCAGGAAUUACCUGAUUUGGAGGAGCUCUUCCUGUGCCUUAAUGACUAUGAAACAGUGUCUUGUCCUUCUAUUUGCUGUCAUUCUCUUAAACUACUACAUAUAACAGACAAUAACCUCCAAGACUGGACUGAGAUUCGCAAGUUAGGAGCUAUGUUUCCCUCCCUGGAUACCCUCGUCCUAGCUAACAAUCAUGUGAAUGCUAUUGAGGAGCCUGAUGAUUCCUUGGCCAGGUUGUUUCCUAAUCUGCGUUCCAUCAGCCUCCACAAGUCAGGUUUGCAGUCCUGGGAAGACAUUGACAAGUUAAAUUCAUUCCCCAAACUUGAGGAAGUGAGAUUGUUAGGAAUUCCUCUUCUGCAGCCAUAUACCACUGAGGAACGAAGAAAAUUGGUAAUAGCCAGAUUGCCAUCAGUUUCCAAACUUAAUGGCAGUGUUGUCACUGAUGGUGAACGAGAAGAUUCUGAGAGAUUUUUUAUUCGUUACUAUGUGGAUGUUCCACAGGAAGAUGUGCCAUUCAGGUAUCAUGAACUGAUCACAAAAUAUGGGAAGCUGGAGCCUUUGGCAGAAGUGGACCUAAGGCCCCAGAGCAGUGCAAAAGUAGAAGUCCAUUUUAACGAUCAGGUGGAGGAAAUGAGCAUUCGUCUGGACCAAACAGUCGCAGAGCUAAAGAAACAAUUAAAAACUCUAGUGCAGUUACCUACAAGCAACAUGCUUCUCUACUAUUUUGACCAUGAAGCGCCCUUUGGCCCAGAGGAAAUGAAGUACAGCUCUCGGGCAUUACACUCCUUUGGCAUUAGGGAUGGUGAUAAAAUUUUUGUGGAAUCCAAAACAAAAUAACCUCUACCAGCCUUGUAAAAACACACUCACGAGGACUUCUUGCAGGGCACUUAUUUCCAAUGUGGUUUUCUUUAGGAGAGGGAGAAGGUUGUUUUUGUUGUGUUUUGUUUGGUUCUGUUUUCUUUAGCUUGGGGAGGAGGGUGGGUUUGUAUAUUUUGCCCCUAGGAUGAAUGGGGGGCUGUUUUUGGUAUUUUCUACCACAGACUUCUUUGGCCACAUCUCCAGUUCCUAUGCCCUUCCUCUUGAAAUAUUAACAGGGGAAUCACUGACUUCUUACUGUCCCACAAUUUGGCUGUCGCUUGGUGAUCAUUUCCACUUAGGUGAACUUGUCUGGCGCGGCAUGUCCCCCUGAGGAGGGCAUCUGAUAGCAUUACAUCAGGAAAUGAGGAACCUUUCCGAAGGGGAGCCCCUCUGGCCCACUUUCUUCUUUCUUCUCACCUUCCUUUCUUUUUUAUUUCAUUCAAAUUUUCAUGUGUCAGCACAUGUUUACCUAAUAUUUUAUUCUGUCCAUAAUUGACUUCUUAUUAUUCAACCUGAGUGGGUUUUGUUUCUUCAUUUUUUUCCCUUUUGAAAUAAUUUAAAGUGUUUUGAGCAUGUUUCAACCUGAUUCUAAUCUCAGGUACUCAGAAUCUAAGUUCUGUAAGGAUCUCGAAGAAGAAUAGAUGAAGAGUUGAAACCAUCUAGGGACAGAGACUGAUCUCUUUGAAAGUAGCUAACUCAAAUAUAAUGUUCCUCACCUCACACAUUAUUACAUCUACCGUCACUUCCAUAACAUGAAAUAUGUCCAAUUCCACAGUUCUUUUACUUUGGCUUACUGAGUGUAUUUCCUCUUAUUAACCUAUCUUUUUCAUACUUUAGCCUAUUGGGAUUAGAGCCCUGACCUUAUGCAGAAUCCAGUAGAUUAAUGCAUAUUUGUACCAGGAUCAUUGAGAAUUAGCUAAUAAACCAGCUGCAGUAUGUGGGGGUGGCCAGGGCUGCGGGAGGGGGAGCUGUGGCUUCUCGCCUCUGUUACCACUUGCAGCCCUCGAUCUUGCCCUUUGCAUUGAAAGUGGGUAGUUGUAAUCAAAGGAAACUUUGAAUCCCAGUUCUUCCCUUGGAUUUUGUGAUGUGGUAAUUGAGUCAUUCUUUUUGUUCUACAUUUCAGUUUAGUUGCCCCUACAGAAGAACAGCUUUGCCUAAUCUUUGAGUAAAGUGUAAAAGCCAAAACUUCAGAAAUGCCUACAGGUUCUAUUUUUUUGCAGAAGCAGAUGUAAAGCACUUUCCUUUUAAAAGCUAGUCCUCUACCUUAAAUAGUUUUGUUUGUUCUUCUAUUCCUUUGUCAAUCAGAUGUAGUCCUUUAUAUAAAUAUAUAUGUGCGUGUGUGUGUGUGUGUCUGUCUGUCUGUCUGUCUGUCUGCCUGUCUGUCUGUCUUGGACCACCAUGUUGGCAGGUGGGAGACCUGAGAUGGCUUAGCUUAUGGAGGGCAGAGGUGUGCACAUGAAGUAUUUUUUGAAGAAUGUAACCAUCCGAUUGUGUUUGAUCUUUUCACCUUCAUUCCAUGAUCCUCCCCCUCCUACAAAGUCUUUAAUUUCUUACGAAAUUUUUAGAUGAUUCUUGUAAAUUCUUCAUGUGUGGGGAGUUGUGUUUAUUAUUGCUACUUUUUAAAAUUUCCUAAGCUCUAACAAGCAGAUGUUUAUUCUCUUAAUGCACUUCAGGUUCAGUAUCUGUAAAGCCUUUGACUCGGGCGUGCCGAGUCAAAUCUACAUUCACUGUAACAUUUAAAGGUGGAAACCAAAGGGUUUGAGAAAGGUGAAUGAGGCCUCGUCUCCUCUGCUGCACAGGUAUCUCUCAGGAUCGAAAGUGAGCAAUGGAGGCCCAGGCUGGUUACAGCCAAGAGCAAUUAUUUUGCAGUCACAUUCUCCUGGCAGGUUUUUGGAAGGGGCUGGGGUGGGGGGGGAGGAAUGUAUGGCAACAGUAUGAUGAAGAUGAAAAUGGGGUGCUUGUAGAUGGGUGCAGAUGAUAUAGAUGAGUUUGAGAGAGAAACAGUGUCAUCGAGCCCAUUCCUUGUCAGACUGGGAUAGAUGCGCUGCACUAUUUUGAGAUUUUAUGACCCCUAACUGUCUUAGAGCUGAAGGCAGAGUGAACACUUAUGUCACACUUUAAUCAUAAGUGAAAUGGUCACAAUUAAUAAGAUAUUUUAUAUAUGACAAAGUUUUAUGAAAUGCUUUUUUACUCUUAGGGACCUGAACCUUCUGUUAGAACAGUGUCCAUCAACUGCAGGCAUAAUGCUUCUACAUACAGUUGCAUGUCAGGGGAACUUCUCAUUUAAUUCAGUGGACGUGGGUAUUUUUAGAAAUUGCAAGUGAUAGUUUUAAUAAUUGCUGAAUAAUUUUUGAUGAAGCCAAAAUCUAAUACAAUUACUCGUCUUUUAGAGUCACAGAACAGAAACAAGUAAGAAAUACUAGUUGAAUGUGUCCCCCAGUAGACGCACUUGGGUAGCUGAGUAAAGAUAUUGCUUUUGAAAAAAUAAAAAAUUGGUGCUGUGUAGACACUUGCAACUAAAAUUAUUUUCAUGGCGGGCCAGAAAGAAGGAGUGAAGAGACCAUGGACUUUUGACUCUAUAAAUCACGCAUAAUUGAUUGCUGCAGCUUAUCUGUAUGUUAAUUACUGACUUGCUCCAGAACCAGUGACAUUUAGGGACCCAAGUGCUGUCUUCACCAGUGUUAAAGAUAGGUCGCAGCAGGCACAGUGUACAGAGCAUCUCUUUUCUCAAACAAGUUCAUUUAAGUUAAGACAAAGGAAAGGGGUAGUAAAAAAAAUCCUGGGGUUCUACAUGUGGGCACAAACAUGCUGAAAUCACAAGAGAAAUUAGUUUUUGAACGUGAAUUACUGAAAUAUCCCAAACUUUUAAAGGGAAAAAGUUCAGUCAUGUCUUUUUUCAUUGUUGAAAGUUUCUGUUGCUUCUACAACCUGUUGCCAUCAUUGUCAUAGAUAAAAGAGCAGAGAUGGUCUCUAAUCCAUUGUUUCUUUAAGCCUUUUGGUGAAAAUGCACCCCAAACAUGUGCUGUGUGUACGAGCUGAAUGUUACUAGUAUGCUAUGUUUUAAGACUCGUUUACUAAAAGACAGUUCACUUCUAACCUGUUUCUGAUGUGUUGCUAAAUCAGCAGUGUUAUGAGCAGACACUUGCUACACGAGCUACCGGUCUGUUUGAGCCAGCUGGAGACGGCGCUGGCUAAUGGGCGCUGCGCCUGGCUUCCUGCGGGAGGUGCCAGCCCCAGAAUGCAUAUGACAGUGAUGGGGGAAUGCUAGAUUGUUCUGAAGAAUGUUUAUGAAUUUGAUUUUUCUCUUCAUUCCAUCAUAGAUUGAAAAUGCAAACAAACCGCUUUCAAGAACCCCCAAAGCUAUCUGUAUUACCAGAUGUGUUGUGAACACUCUGUUUUCCAUAGGUGCUUCCUUCAAAUAUAUGUCCACUGUAGUGGUGGUGGAGAGGGACUGGACUCUCUCAGGCUCUUCACUUGCCAGUUGUCUCCUGCAGUUAAUGGAAAUAUAUAUUUUAUUUUAGAAUAUAAUUUAAACAUGGAGGUCUAUUCUUUGCACUUUUUAUUAAUAUAUAGAUAAUCUUUAAAAAAAUUAAAAAUUCAAGUCCACUUUCU